AUGGCUAUUCCCCAUGAUUCUACUGAAACUUCCUAUCUGCUGCCUCCAAACAACGAGGACUGGGAAGGGCAAGGCAUUCCUGACUUUGUCUAUGGACAGAAGGAUCUCGUGGUAGAACGGAUUCAGUGGCCAAGGAACGUGCCCGGCACCCUGGAUGCUGCACGGUGGUCUCGCUUCGACUCCGCCCUCUGCACUGCCUGGAGGCAGCGGGCAGAGCUGGGGCUGUUUCGCUACCGCCUGGGGGAGCUGCAGACCCAAACCCUCCCUGGCACCGUGGGUUUUGUGGCUCAGCUGAACAUGGAGCGCGGUGUGCAGAGGAGGCGCCCCCAGAGCAUCCACAGCGUGAAGCAGGCAUUUGACCCCGAACAGUUUAACUUCAACAAGAUCCGUCCGGGAGAAGUCCUCUUCCGGUUGCGCCGGGAGCCGGACCUCCCCCGUCCUCUUCAGCAAGAGGACAUCCUGGUAGUGAUCAACGUCAGUCCCCUGGAGUGGGGCCACGUGCUGCUGGUGCCAGAGCCUGCCCGUGGGCUCCCCCAGCGCCUGCUGCCAGGCGCGCUGCAGGCCGGGGUGGAGGCUGUGCUGCUGAGCUUCCACCCAGGCUUCCGUGUGGGCUUCAACAGCCUGGGAGGCUUGGCCUCCGUGAACCACCUGCACCUGCACGGCUACUACCUGGCCCACAGACUGCCCGUGGAGGGGGCGCCCAGCGAGCCCCUGGACCCCGGAGGCCAUCUGCAUCUGCUCCAGGGCCUGCCCGCUCCUGGCUUCCUCUUUUACACUCAGGAACCAGGGCCUGACCUGGAGGCCUUGAUAAGCAGGGUAUGUCGGGCCACUGACUAUCUGACUGACCAUGAGAUUGCACAUAAUUUGUUUGUGACCCGGGGAGCUCCGCCCGGAAAGACAGCAGCUGACUCAGCCCUCACAGGGGUCCGAGUAAUUCUGUGGGCUCGGAAGUCCAGCUUUGGGAUAAAGGAGGGUGAGGCUUUCAAUGUUGCCCUCUGUGAGCUGGCCGGGCACCUCCCUGUCAAAACCUCUCAGGACUUCAGCAGCCUGACAGAGACGGCUGCUGUGGCCCUCAUUCAGGACUGUCUCCUGCCCCCAGCACAGGCAGAAGAGGUACAGGCAGCACUGGUGGUCCUGAUGUCCCAGGAAGAGCAGUAAUCCUUCUGGGUGUA